AUGUUGCCCGCUGUGGCCUGUUUAAACGCAUUUUUUUUUGUGUGGUUCAUUUUUACCUUGUUGAAAAAUAAACUGAGCUACAAUGCAAGCGAAAGACAAAAUGGUCCUGUCGAAAUUGGAGUGGUCCUGGGCUCCGGAGGGCACACAUUCGAGAUGUUACAGAUAUUGAAGCUCAUCAAAGAUAGCAACAUAAGUUUUCACUUUUUUUACGCAAAUAAUGACCCAUUGAGUAGGGAAAAGGCAGAAAAUGCCUUAGAGGAAUACAAAAAGGAUUUCUUUGCAAUUCCAAGAUGCCGAAAUGUUGGUGAGUCAUACGUACGAUCGUCAGUGAAACUUUUUUUUGCGUUCAUUUAUUGUUUAUUUUUAACAUACAGAAUGAACAUGAGCGUUUUGAUGGUGAAUGGCCCAGGAACAUGUCUGCCUGUUGCAUUUUCCCUGCUAUUCAGAAAAUAUUUUUUUUUUAAAAAAAUAAAAAUUGUUUAUUUGGAAAGUGUUUGCAGAAUAUAUUCCCUCUCCCUGACUGCAAAAAUUUUGUAUAAUUUUUCUGAUUUGUUUGUUGUUUUUUCCGAACAUUUGCAGAAAAGGUACAAAAAGGCCAAAUAUUAUGGCUACUUGUUCUGA